UUAUGUAAAGUAAAGUAAUUGAGAAAAUGCAGGAUGACCACCGGUGCGUACACGGGAGAGGGCUUUGCGGUGACUUUCGACGCAAGUCAAUACCAGACGGAUUCGAGGAAAUUCGGAGGAAUAAUAAGCAAUCGCAUGUCCAUGUACAUUGAUAAAACGCCCCAAACUGCUGUCAUCAAACUUACUCACAAUAGCAGCUUGUUAUAUAACGAGAAAAAACUUGAUGUCGAAAGACUCCAAACUCGAGUCAACAAAGAAGAAUCAAAUAACAAUUUAAUAAAUAACUUAGACUCGCAUUUCAGAUUAUUAACAGCAGAAUCUAAUGUACGACCCACGUCUAGCAAUGUAAGUGACAGGAUAGAUUUAGGAGCUAUACCUACUAUCAACAGUCGACUCACUACACCACAAACAGACAACAAAGAAGAGGAUGUUCAGUUUGUAGAUUGCAAUCACAAAGUCAUCUCAAAGUCUUCCAGCAGAAAGGAAGAGAAAAAAUUUCCAAAAUUGCUGCAAAAAGUUACUAAAAAGAGGAAAGCAGGGAAGAGGAAAAAGCGGGCAAAGUCCAGUAGAGGAUUACGGAGCAAAUCUACCCAGGGUAAGAAUGGAGGAGCCGGUAAGCAGAGCACUCCUGUGGCAACGAAAGUUAAACAAGGCAUGAUUCAGAAUGAUGCUCAGAAUAUGACAACAGGUGUAGCGGGGCUGGGUGUCCUGGAGUCCAUGUGUAAACCAAUGGUUCUCCACAAGACUAUCGAAAGGAAAAACUCAGAGAAGAAAGAUUUUUCUAAACCAGUUAACUCCACAAAUCGUCAGACUAUCCAACCCAGCACAAAGCAAAUAUCACUUCCACAAAUGACCAAUAACUUCAUGGUCAAAACUGAGUCCAUUGUGAGGACCUCAGUCUCUGAAUCUCUUCAAUCUGCCAAGUCCGUGUAUUCCUCUAGUCGAGUAAACCAUGCUGAGAUUGCCCGCAUUACAAAAAUAUAUUUGUCAGAGAAACAGUCUGGAGUAGUGAGGGAUUGUGGGAUGGAGGUUCCUUGUGCACCCCCUGCCACACCUCUUCCUGACCCAUCUAAGAAGGUUGAAUAUAUACCAAGUAUGAACGACAUCAGGGCACAACGAGCAGUCAAAGUUAAACUACAAGUUCUUGAGAAGGAAGCUCAGAAGAGAUCAGCCAAACGCAGGGAUGACCAAGCAAAGCAGGAGAAACAACAGCAAAAAGAGCGGGAAAAGGACCUCAAGGUCAAACAGAGGAUAGAGAUUUAUGCCCUCAACAAAAUUAUGACAGAACUUGAGAACAAGAGGUUUAAGGAAUUUUGUGAGAAGAAAGGGAUUAGUAUAACAUAACAUCAGUACUUAAGGCUACAGUUAGAGGUGCUUGUUGCCUGGCCAUAGUUAGGGGUUUUACCUUGGUUAUCCCCGCAGUCCACCUUCCACGGUCCAGCGAUGUCUCUACAAAAUCUUUGUGGCGUGUCCAUCUUGUCUCUUGUGCUUAGUUUCAUCAUUCUACACUGCUUAUUGUUUAGGAUGGCUGGUAGGAGGAGUAAACAAGAUGUGUGUAUGCUAUACAAUGAACAGAAAUAUUAAGGCAUGUGACAGUUAUAACUCUAGUCAAGUUUGUCUCCAAGAGUCAGUCAAAAUGAGGCCAUAAUAUAGAGAAUACGUGCACUGUCAAUUUACCAAGGGGCCGAAGAAUUCACCCUUCAGAUUUAAAAUAUGAUUAGCGUUUCUCUUUGUGAAUCUAUAACAAAUGUUCAGUGUAUGAUUUUCACUUGCACUGCUCUAUUCUCAAAAAUCAACAAGGCAUUGUAAAUUGAACCUUAAUGAGCCCAAUGGUUACUUUGAUUCUUAUGUGGUUCACAAAAGUUUAUUCUACAAAGUUUAUUCUACCUGGAAAUAUUUGCAUUUUAUAUUUUUUCAUACAUGAAUUCCUCAUUGCUUUAGUACCUCCAAAAUUUCUUUAAAUGGCAGAUCAUGGUGCUUGUCUUAAAUGUUCUUUUCUUGUCUUGUUCAUUUGAGAUAUGAGAGAGAUUAGUAUGAAAAUUAUAAAUGUAAUAAGACUGUGUAUACAUGUAUUUAAAUGUAACAUUAGAACAGAAGUUAUGUACCUUUGUCUUUCAUUUUGAAUAAUAUAAAUGUGGAACUGUUUCAAUUUUAACUAUAUUUUUUGUAAAUUUAUUUUAUUUUAGUACAUUUUACUAUGUAAUUUUAGCAUUUAAAAUUCAAAUGAAUGAAAAUACUAGAAUCCUCUGUGAUGUGGAAAGUGUAUGUUGUCCUUUUAGCAUGCAUGUUAAUUUUAUAAGCCCUUAAGUUACUUUGCUUUGUAUUUUCAUUCUCAAAUUAAUCAAGUUUUUGUCAUAGCUAGGUGAUUCCAAGCUGUAAGAUUUCAUUUUAAGCAUGAUGUUUACUCUUUUAAGUAAUCAAAUUUUCUUUUUCAGAAGUUUAAUGUAAAAUUUCAUAUGGUUGUGUUUUUGUCUAUUUGACCAGGUUGUCUGUGAUGAAACAAAUAUAUUUUUACACAUAUAUUUUAAGAGAUAUAGAUAUUUUAAGAGAUGUAAAUAUUUAAAUGUCAUAGCAACGACUUAUGAUUGACUCGUAAUAUGUUUUCAGAGGAGUGAGAAAUUAUAUAUUAAUAGAAGCCAUUUUACAGCUAUACAUCUCAAUUUUAACACUUUUUCCUAAAAGUUGUUUUUAAGCAAAUUUUAAAAGCUUUUUAUAUCCUUGUCAGUUUUUGCACAAAAUAAAUACCCCAAGGUGGUUUAUAAAACCCAUGGGAAACUUUUU